AUGAAGCCCACAAACUUCCUCUUCAACAUUGCCCUCACCGCCGCCACUCUCUCUUCCCUCGUCACCGCAUGGCCCGGCCUAGCAAACCUCCAAAAAGACCUCAACAAGCGCCUUCCACAAGUAGCCCCCGCCGACGACGGUGACGGCGACGGCUCCGCCACCGGCGCCGGCGAGCUCAUCGGCGACCUCAAGAACGGCAUCACCACGCCCGUCGGCCAAACCAUCGCCAACAUCCUCACGGGCAAAGAGACCGGCCAGAGCGCCGCAACCUACAGGAUCCCUGGCCUGCCCGGCACCAAAGCCUGCAAAGCCGACCCUUGCUGCAUAUGGGCACACAUCUCGUUCGACCUCACCCUCGCGUUCCGCGGCCCCAGCGGCCGCUGCAACAGCCUCGCGCGCCAGGCCAUCCGUCUCGGUUUCCAUGACGCGGCUGCCUGGUCCAAGACCCGCGGCGGUGGAGGUGCGGACGGCAGUAUCGUGCUCUCAGGGUCCGAGAUCAAGCGGCCCGACAACAAAGGGUUGGAAGGCAUCGUCGCGAAGGCGUGGGCGUUGCAGAAGAUCUUCGGCCCCUUCGGCGUCGGCAUGGCAGAUCUGAUCCAGUUCGCCGCCAACCAUGCCGUGGUGACCUGCCCGCUAGGUCCCCGCACGCGGACAUUCAUUGGACGCAAGGACGCGCCUGCUGGAAUCGCGGCGCCAGAUGGGCUGAUGCCUGAUGUCAACUCGGAUGCUAGCACCCUCAUCAAGCUGUUCGAGGAUAAGACGAUUACGCCGCACAUGCUUGCUGCAUUGGUGGGCGCGCACACCACGAGCCAGCAGUUCUUUGUGGACCCGAAGAAGGCCGGCCAGCCGCAGGAUGGCACUCCUGGUGUCUGGGAUACGCUGUUCUACAGCCAGACGAUCAGCGGUACGCCGGACAAGGUGUUCAGGCUCAAGAGUGAUAUGGCUCUCGCGAACGACAGCAGGGUUGCGGAUGAGUGGAACCAAUUCGCCGGCCCGGGCGGUCAGAGCCAUUGGAAUGAGGACUAUGCCUCUUCCUACAUCCGCCUGAGCUUGCUCGGCGUCAACAACAUCAACAGCCUCACCGAGUGCACAAAGGUGCUGCCAGCUGCGCGGCCCACGUUCUCUUUCGCGGGCCAACUGUAUGUCGAUCAGUAA